AGAAGCAAAGGAGCCUGAAGGAGCGAGCAACCGCAAGUGCUGCUUGCAUGAAGUCGGCCGGCAGCCCACGAGCAGUCCCUUAACGUUGGUUUCGCUGCAUUAACGCUGAUCCUCCGUAUCCAGAUCAGCGGUUUCUAAGGGCAUAGUGGCGAGUGUCGACCGACUGAGUGGCGGCCUAAUUUAAUCUGCACCGUCUUAAAGUGCCACUUGUGACCGUCCUUUCGCCCGUGAGCCGCAUGUAGAAGUGGCGGCGGCCACAGGUCGUUAGGAUCAAUUCACGUCCGCAAGAUCGCGUCAACGGUGCAGCGAUGACCAGCCCGGCUGAGGUGGCACCCGAGGAACGCCUGUCGGCCCCUAACCAUAGCCCGCCACGCCGACCACCCGUCACACAACUAGAAUUCAGACAGGCAAUGCGUGACUUCCGGAGCAUGUUUCCCGAGAUGGAGGCAGUGGUCAUCGAGGCGGUGCUUCGGGCCAACGGUGGCGCUGUGGACGCCAGCAUUGACCAGCUGCUCGCCAUGGCCACGGACAACGACAACGAGCGCCUGCGCACCGAGCUGGAGGCCACCGAGAACGCCGAGGCCCCUCCGCACUACUCCCCGCCUCCAGCUGCGCCUCCCCCGUCCUACCAGCAGGCCACCUGUGCGCCCACGGCAGCGCCGGCCAGGACUCCGGGCACCCAAGAGGAAGCUCGCGCCUGGAAGCCACCCCUGCUUGGCCCACUGCCACCAGGUUUCCUGCGGAUCAGCCGCCCACACCAUCGACCCAGUAGCAGCCCACCCCCAUCACAGGCAGCGGGGGAGCUGAGUACAGCCAUGCUACAGCAACGCAUGGCCGAGAAUGUACGGCAACAACGCCGCCUCUCCUCUGGUGCGGCGGAGGCCGAGACACAGCUUCUCGAGGACGAACGCAUGGCCAUCCUGCUGCAAAACCAGGAGUUCAUGCGACAGCUGCAGAGCAACCGCGACUUCAUACGCACCCUCAACCAAGACAUCCAGAGCCAGGAGAUGGAGCGGAGUGCUGGAUUGGUCCCUGAUGAUGGGCGCCCAGCUGAUGCCACUGAAGACGAACCCUGGGGAACCCUUCCACACACAGAGGAGACAGACGCAGCCUUUCGGGAACGGCUGAAGAACAUGGGCAAAGCAUCAAGACGCAAGUUUGCUCAAUUGGCCCGACUGUUUCAUCGGACAAAAAAAUGCCACUUCCGCCAGAUGCUGGGCGAUGCGGCCAACCCGUCACGUGAUAACUUGCUGCUACACGAGGACCCUGGCUCAUCAGAAGAGGAUGCUGAAGCACGGCUUCAUCAAGAGCAGAGACAGGCACAGCCAACCAAGGGCUGUCCUCCACUGGGAGGUGACAGCCGGUGAUUGCCGCUGCCCUACGAAAGUUCAGCUGUGAUGCCCCCCUCCCCUCCAGGAGAGUGGCUGUAACCCUGCUCCGCAUCUCCUUCAGCAUCGCUUGCACCAGCAUCUCCCGUCUGAAGCAGCAGCUCUGCGCAUUCCACUACACAAGUUGAUGCCACGAGAGGAUGUGACAUUGGGCUCGCAUUUGUAACAAGGUUAACAUUAGGGUGAGCCGGUUAAGUUAACCCCUUUCAUGCCACAGACGAACUGGGCUCGUCCAAGCAUUUCUGGUAAAAAUGGUGAAGGACGAGCUCGGCUUAUCGAGGGUACUUUUCAUUUUCUACCAAUGCCACAAACUUAUGUCUCGACGUUUUGUCGUGCUUCUGGUUGAUGGCACCACGCAAUUCAUGGGGCAGACCAUGCAAGAGCAAAGUUAUCCUGGCGGAGUGACAAGUUGUUAACUGGGGUCGUCAAAAACUUAUUUGGCCAUUUUUGGUCCAUAUUUCAGAUAAUAUUUGUAUAUUUUGUAUUGUAUGUUUCUUGCCCUCCCUGCAAUAAUCCCUUCUUGGGAUUGGCAGUAUGUUCAACAUAAAUAAAUUAAAUAAAUAUCACGGCA